AUGUUCGCCAUCGCGCACACACCAAAAAAGAAGGUGACAGACCAGCCCACCACAUCCCCAACUGAGAAGGAGAGGGCAGGACCCUCCCCUAAAACACAGAACACAGCCUCCAUGGUGAGGCGCAGUACCGGGGAAGGGGAAAGCGGUGUGACGGAUCCCAAGCCGUGCACGUCGACAACGCACCCACAUGCGCACACGCAGGUGAUAAAUAUAUCACCACCGCCGCCAACCAAGACGAUCUCGAAAGCGGCUGGUCAGCCAAAGCUGAAACUGAAACUGGCGCCUUCGACUGAAACGCGAUCGACAGUACGCAGAAAGUCGGUGGAAACGCCGACAGCGACAGCGACCUCAACAACGACAACGACUAAAUCGCCAUCGGCGAAGCUGAAAGGUAGAGCUCAUGAGGGACGGGUCUGGCUUCAGAGGGCGAAAACUCACGUUAGUGAGUCUCGCAAUCUGAGGACAGACCUGAAGGAAGGUAUGAUCCUAGCCGUCGAUAAACUCUACAUGUUGUUGAAGGAAGCGGAGGCCGAACUGGAAGAUAUAAAGUGCAAGAGUAAGCAGACUAAUGGAAAGGAUAGGGAAGAAAAGAGAGAAGGGGGGGAAAAGAAGGAUGCGGAAGUAGUAGUAGUGUGUGAAGAGUCUGCGAACCAUCUGGAACUCGUCAGGAUGAUGAAAGAGCAAGGGGAAAGAAUAGAAAGGACGAAUAUGGAAAUGACAAAACUGAGAGAGUCAGUGGAAUUAUAUAGGAUGGACACCCAACAAGCCACCUACGCCAGUGUAACGGCAGACCAUAGCAGGAGGAUAACGAACGAUCGUAGCUCUCUACACUCGAUCGUCGUGUCAUCCAAAGAUGAGACAGAGAACAGCGACGACGUACUCAAGCAAGUACGUAGCGCCGUGAAUGCGAAGGAUGGCUGGGUGACGGUGGAGAGGGUCAAGAAGGUAAAAGACAAGAAGGUAAUAAUAGGUUGUAGAACGGUAGAAGAACGGCAGAAGGUGAAGGAAAGGCUCAAGACAAUAGAGAAUCGGCUUUCUGUAGAGGACAUGAAAAACCAGGACCCCAUGCUGGUUCUCAAAGAUGUGCUGUCUUAUAACAGCAAUGACGAUAUCGUCACCGCUUUGAGGAACCAGAAUGGGGAGGUCUUCCGUGGCCUCGAAAAGAAAGACGACAGAAUAGAGUUCAGGUUCCGAAGAAAGGCGAGGAAUCCACUCAUGAGCCAUGUUGUCCUGAGGGUGUCCCCACAGAUCUAUAACAAGCUUAUCAGCAUUGGCACGGUUCAUAUCGACAUGCAGCGGGUACGAGUAGAAGAUCAGUCGCCGCUUGUGCAGUGCUCCAUGUGCCUAGCAUAUGGCCACGGCAGGCGUUUCUGCAAGGAAACCGUGCCAAAGUGUAGCCACUGUGGAGGUCUGCACAUGAGGUCGGAGUGUGCGGACUGGUUGGCGACUGCAGCGCCAACGUGCUGUAACUGUGUGGCAGCAAAGGUGGACACCUCGAUAGAGCAUAACGCAUUUAGCUCGGAAUGCCCGGUGCGCAGGAGGGCAGGCAACCCCACCAGAUGUUAUACAGUGGCCCAAGCAAACCUCCAGCGAAAGGAACUGGCGACUACAGAACUCAUGAUUGAGGCCAAUGAGCGUAAACUCGCAUUUGCGCUGCUCCAGGAGCCAUAUGUGGGUGGGGUGAGAAGGAUGAAGGACUACCGUGGGGCGAGACUCUACCAAAAUGCGAUAGUAGGAGAUGGGACUGUGAAGGCGGCAAUCGUUGUCUUUGAUGACAGCCUUGACGUCAUCCAGUGCCCGAAACUCACUAACAACAAUAUUGUUGUGGUGAGGAUCCGAACAGCAUCUUGGGAAAUCGCGGUGGUGUCCUUCUAUUUCGAACCGGACCAACCCAUAGAACCAUACCUAGAGCAGCUAAGGACCAUCAGAGAGGAGCUGGGAUCGACAUCACUGUUAAUAGGAGGAGACAGCAAUGCAAAGAGUACCUGGUGGGGUAGCACCGUAGAAGACCACAGGGGGAAAGAACUGUCCGGGACCCUGGAAGAGUCUGGGCUUCAGGUACUUAACACCGGUGAUACGCCUACUUUUGAUACUAUCAGAGGUGGAAGAGCGUUCACCAGCUACGUAGACAUCACAGCCUGUACCGCAGAUCUACUGGACUUGGUAGAUAACUGGAGGGUAGACCAGAACAUGACGAGCUCUGACCACAACGCCAUACUUUUUUACAUUAGUCUCCGCAAAAGUCGAGGCCUGAGAGUGGAGCGAACCACCAGGCUCUAUAAUACAAAGAAGGCGAACUGGGACACUUUUAGAGAAAAACUCUUAGAAUCAAAAUUGCAAAAUAAUAUUAACACUGAAACAAUUAGUAACAUUAGUAAUAAAAAUGAUUUGGAACAAUUUAUACAAAAUUAUACAAAUAGCAUUACGGCAGCUUGCCAGUCGAGUAUGCCAGCCAAAAGGAGUACUGAGGUACUCAAAGUCCCAUGGUGGAAUGAUGAGCUCACGAGGCUAAAAAGGGUUACCACUACCUUCAGGCGAAAGAUCAAGAACGCGGCGCCGUACCGCAGAGAAAUAGUGGUAGCCCAGUACCUAGAAAAGAAGGAAGCCUACGAGUGCCAAGCCAAGAAAGCCCAAAUAGCAAGUUGGAAGGAGUUCUGCGAGAAACAGGAUCGGGAAGGACUCUGGGAGGGGAUAUAUAGAGUCAUAAGGAGAACCACCAGGAGACAAGAAGACUUGACCCUAACCAAAGACGGUGCAUUCCUAAACCCAAGAGAAUCGGUGAACCUUCUAGCGGAGACAUUCUACCCAAAAGACCUGGAGGCAACAGAUAACGAAGACCAUCGCCGGACCAGAGAGGCGGCAAAGCGGGUAAACGAUCUGGGUCAUGAUGAACACCAUGAUCCACCGUUUACACCGCUGGAGCUACAGACCGCGGUGGGGAGUUUCAACCCAAAGAAGGCCCCCGGAGCGGAUGGCUUCACGGCAGACAUCUGCAGGAGAGCGAUCUACCAGGAUCUGGACGCCUUCCUUGCCCUGGCCAACAAGUGCCUUGAGAUAGGGCACUUCCCGGACAUUUGGAAGGAAGCCACUGUUGUGGUAUUAAGAAAACCGGGCAAGGAAGAUUAUACGAAUCCCAAGGCAUACAGACCAAUUGGCCUGUUGCCGGUCUUGGGAAAGAUCCUGGAGAAGAUGGUAGUAGCACGGAUGAAAUGGCACCUAGUACCGCGGAUUAGUACUCGCCAGUACGGAUUCAUGCCCCAGAGGAGCACCGAGGACGCCCUCUAUAAGCUAAUACACCAUAUCAAGGGUAAGAUUGGGCUGAAGAAGCUGGUAACCCUAGUGUCAUUGGAUAUAGAGGGCGCCUUCGAUAGCGCGUGGUGGCCAGCUAUCAGAGUCCGUCUGGCUGAGGAAAAGUGCCCGGUCAAUAUCAGGAGGCUACUGGACAGCUACCUCGACUGCAGAAGAGUCAAAGUAAGGUACGCCGGGGAGGAAUGCACGAGGAGCACGAACAAAGGAUGUGUGCAAGGGUCAAUCGGUGGCCCGAUCCUGUGGAAUGUCCUUCUUGACCCUCUGCUGCAGGAAUUGGAGAGGAGGCAAUACUACGUGCAAGCCUUCGCGGACGACGUGGUGAUGGUGUUCGAUGGGGACAGUGGUCUUGAGGUGUCGAGACAGGCCAAUGCCGCUCUAGCCUUUGUUCAGCGGUGGGGAAUCGUAAAUAAGUUGAAGUUUGCGCCGCACAAGACGUGCGCCAUGGUCUUGACGAGAAAACUGAAGUACGACGACCCGCUGCUGACCAUGGGAGGGGUUGGCAUUGAACUGUCAACGGAGAUAAAGAUUUUAGGGCUCACCAUUGACCAUAAGCUGACAUUCAACACACAUGUUGCGCUCCAGUGCAAAAAGGCACUGGACAUUUACAAACAACUCUCGAGAGCAGCUAAGGUCAGUUGGGGUCUGCACCAGGACAUAAUCAGGACCAUAUACGUAGCAACAGUAGAGCCCAUCAUCAUGUAUGCGGCGGCAGCCUGGGCGCCUGCAUCAAGUAAGCUGGGGGUGCAAAAGUUGCUCUCUACAGUGCAAAGGGGUUUCGCCCAAAAGCUAUGUAAAUCCUACCGCACAGUCUCUCUACACUCGGCGCUGGCACUGGCGGGGAUACUUCCUCUCGACCUGCGAAUACAGGAGGCAGCUGCCCUGUACUUUGCGAGGAGAGGGUCGCCUCCGCCAGUUCUGGGAGACAGAGAGACCGAGAGUGUGGUAGGGUUUGCAGUAGCUCCACAUCCCGCUGAACAUAUGAGCCUCGAGUUCGUGAGUCUGGUAGAUCAACACCUUGUGGACCAACACAACGUGCAGGCGGUGCGAAUCUUCACCGACGGGAGCAAGAUUGAAGGGAAGGUCGGAGCCGCAUUAUCCUGGUGGAAUAAUGAGGCCGAGAUCCGGAACUCCAAACUUAGCUUAUCCGCGUACUGCACGGUCUAUCAGGCGGAACUCUUGGCCAUAUGGAAGGCGUCGGGCCAAAUCCUAAAAGGGGCGGAAGCGAGUUAUGGUCUAUACAGUGAUUCGAGGGCAGCGCUGGAGACGAUCACAAACCAUGACUCACUUCACCCUCUUGCUGUGGAGACGAGGAAGAAUCUGCGGACGGCCUCCACCCAAGGCAAAGCUGUGUCUUUGUUCUGGGUGAAAGCCCAUGCAGGUCUUCCUGGCAACGAGCGCGCCGAUGAGCUGGCAAAGGAGGCAGCACUGGCAUCCAAACGGAAGCCAGACUACGACCGGUGUCCGAUCUCUUACGUCAAGAGACUAAUUCGAGAAGACACCCUGGAUAAAUGGAAUGAUAGGUACACACAGGGGGACACCGCGUCAACCACCAAGUCUUUUCUCCCUGAUGCAUACACGGCGUACAAGUUUGCGCGCAAGAUAGGACCGACAGGGAUGCUCACCCAGAUCUUAACAGGACACGGUGGGUUCGCCCAGUACUUGAACCGAUUCAAGUGCAGGGAUAACCCAUCGUGUAUCUGUAAUCCGGACUGUGAAGAAACAGUCCUUCACUUGCUCACAGAGUGUCCCGUCCACGCCCGCGAGAGGUAUGACACUGAAACAAAAUUAGACAUGCCGCCCCACGAAACUUGCCCCCCCCCCCCCCCCCCCCACCCCCCGCACCCCCCCUCCACAGACCCCCCCCCUGACUUCCCCCCCCCCCACCACCCCCCACCCCCGCGGUCCUCGCUCGGUCCACAGCCGGUCCUCGCGCCCGGUCCGCGUCGGUCCGCGUCGGUCCGCGUCGGUCCGCGCCGGUCCUCGCGCCCGGCCCUCGCGCCCGGCCCGCGCCGGUCCUCGCGCCCGGUCCGCGUCGGUCCGCGCCGGUCCGCGCCGGUCCUCGCGCCCGGCCCUCGCGCCCGGUCCGCGCCGGUCCUCGGGCCCGGUCCGCGUCGGUCCGCGUCGGUCCGCGCUGGUCCUCGCGCCCGGCCCUCGCGCCCGGUCCGCGCCGGUCCGCGUCGGUCCGCACCCGGCCUAUCACCAAGUGCCGGUGAAACAUACAUAGACGACUGGGCGGUCCUCGCGCCCGGUCCGCGUCGGUCCGCGCCGGUCCGCGUUGGUCUGCGGCGGUCCGCAUCGGUCCGCGGCGGUCCGCAUCGGUCCGCAUCGGUCCGCGGCCGGUCCUCGCGCCCGGUCCGCGCCGGUCCUCGCGCCCGGUCCGCGUCGGUCCGCGUCGGUCCGCGCCCGGCCUAUCACCAAGUGCCGGUGAAGACAUACAUCGACGACUGGGCGGUCAUCGUGCCCGGUCCGCACCCGGCCUAUCACCAAGUGCCGGUGAAACAUACGUCGACGACUGGGCGGUCCUCGCGCCCGGUCCGCACCCGGCCUAUCACCAAGUGCCGGUGA